ACACUUCUUCGAACAUCCAACGUCGCACGUCACCUCGAUACACCUCAUUACGCGCCACCUAUCACCUUCGCAUUCGUCGAGCUCGGCUCUUGACUGCACCUCAGUUGCACGAGGGCACAUUGACGGGGCGCAUCACAGGAGUCAGUCAAGGUAGGCCAUCAUGCCCGGCGUGAUAGUCGAAAGCCAACCUGCAACCAAGGCGCGCAAGCCAACCAAAAAUGAGCAGCGACGAGCGAAGAAGAAACAGCAGAAGCGCGAGGUUUCGGAAACCCCAGCGCCCGCAGGAGAUGCAGCGCUUGCUGGCCGCUCAGAGACCACCGAGCCCGCACAGCCGGUAGCCCCCGCUGACGAUGACCCGAUACAAAACGUGCCAGCGAUUGAGCCGCAGGAUGAUCUCCCAAUCGACGACCCGCUGUACUCGCAGUUCGCCGACAUCUUUGCAAAGUUCAAAGAGGAGAACAAGGAGGAUCCGGCGCUGAAAGAGCCAGAGAAGCCAGAAGUAUUCUAUGAUGACGAUGACAAUAUCCAAGAUGAGGACGAGGAAGAGGAGACGAAGCAGCGAUUAUCAAAGAAAGCGCGGAAAGCUGCUAACAAGCUGAGUAUUGCUGAGCUGAAAGCGAUUGUGCGGAAGCCGGAAAUCGUGGAGUGGACCGACACAUCAGCACAAGAUCCGCGAUUACUCGUCAACAUCAAGAGUGCCCGGAACGUCGUACCUGUCCCAUCACACUGGAGUUUGAAGAGGGAGUACCUGAGCAGCAAGCGAGGUAUCGAAAAGGCGGGUUUUGCGCUGCCAAAAUUCAUUGCGGAGACCGGCAUCUCGGAAAUGCGCGACGCUGUCCUUGAGAAGCAGGCAGAGGCAACGCUAAAGCAAAAGGCGAGAGAGCGCGUGUCUGGUAAAACGGGCAAGCUCGAUAUUGAUUACCAGAAACUCUACGAAGCGUUCUUCCGAAGACAGACGAAGCCGUCACUCACGCGAUACGGCGAGGUGUACUAUGAGGGGAAAGAGUUUGAAACAAACUUGAGGCACCUGCGACCUGGAGAGCUCAGCGAAGAGCUCAAGGAAGCACUGAACAUGCCGCCUGCCUCACCGCCGCCGUGGCUCAUAAAUCAGCAGAAGAUCGGACCACCGCCCUCAUAUCCUGCGCUGAAGAUUGCGGGACUCAAUGCGCCACCACCUCCAGGAGCGUCAUGGGGCUUUCAUCCAGGAGGUUACGGAAAGCCGCCGGUCGAUGACGAGAACCGGCCCUUGUUCGGAGGCGAUGUGUUUGGGCUUUCAGAACUGAAGGAGGACAAAGACAAGGCUGGCGGAGCCGUGGAGCCAGUGGACAAGUCGUUGUGGGGUGAGCUGCAGCCGCCAGCUGACGAUGAAGAGGAAGAAGAAGAAGAGGACGAAGACGAGGAGGAGGAAGAUGAGAACGAGGACGAGUCUGGUACGCGCACGGGUCUUGAAACACCCUUUGGUGGAACGGAAACUCCGGGCGGCUUUACGAGCACAGUGCCUACCGACUUCCCACGUGGCGUCGACGAUGUGACAUUACGCAAGCAGCGAUUCGGUACAGAAACAGAGGCAUCGAGCCAUCCGCGGUCGGCUGGAACUGUAUUGAACGAGCGAUCCAUUCGCGCGGAAGGAUUCUUUGGCGGAGAACGUGCGUAUGAUCUUUCCGGUAAGUCAGGUCCUCCAUCCAAUGUACCUGUGCUUGGACAGGAGCAACGCGGCAACAAGAGAAAGGCUGGCGACGUAGAUGUGUCAAUGGACGUGGAAGCACUGGUCAGAGAUGGCAAAAUGACCAAGGAGGAUUUGCAGAAGAUGUACGAGGCUCAGAGGGCGGAACAGAGUGGAUGGCAGGGUGGAGCCGCAGGGGAGGAUCUGAGCGGGCUUGUGGCGGAGGAGAGUGCGAAGAGACAGAAGCGGGAGAAGGAGCGAGCACAGAGAGGCAGAGGACGGUAAUGCUGCGCAGGCGAAGAGGAAAUUUGAACCAAAAGGGUACCCGUUGAUCAGUGGAGACUCGAUUCGGCAGAGGUGGAAGUGUAUAUGAUGUUGAAAAGCAAAGCCAGGAGGACUUCACACAGGGUAGAAAAAGUGGUACUUGGCGUGGCAUUAUACAUACUCAGUGGAGAGGCGACGGCUGGACAGGAUGGGAAAGACAGCAGUGAGCAUAGCACGAGCGUUGGACGAAUGUGGGAGCAUCGAAACAACCGAAACCACUGCGAAUGACUGCGAAAUCGAUAUGGAUUACUUCUCUACGGGAGUCUGAUGACCCAAAGUCCGUGAUGCGUCGGAGCUGGGGAGGUCUUGGCGCGGCAUCCCGACUGCUGACUUUGCUUUGGGGUUAAGAUU